ACGACAUAAACCUUACACUGAUGGAAACCUACCUUUGUUGUGUGCUUUUUUUAAACGUCUUGAUUUUUAAAAUUCCUUUCCAAUAUUUUAAUUAAUAAUAAGACAUAAAAAAAUAAGUAAAAGAAGUAUUUAAUUUGCAAAGUACUGCGAGCGUUUGGAUUGCGAUGAAAUUUAAAGAUCGGUUUCAAGACGGAAUAUGAAUCCGACGGUUAUCAAACCGCAAACGCUCGGACUACGAAUGCAAUUCUGACCCCUGGGAAAGAAAUUUUUAAAAAAUAAUGUUGGAAUGGGCCGUUGGAAGGUUAGACCAUUUAUUAAUCGCUUAAAAGAAUUUAAUUUUUUCCAUUUGAAGCUCCAUUGCAUAUAAAUGUUUAGAUCUGCAAUGAGACCCCCAAACCAACCGUCAACGUUUGUUAACGAUGCUGAAAAUUGCAUCUCGUCAGACCGUGCUGCAGCAGUUUCAGCCGAAGAUGUCGAGGUAGACAAUUCUCAUCAUGUUUUGCUCAAAAUUGCAACACUCUAUGCUGACAAAUUGAUGAACGACAUAAGUCUCAUAGUCGGCGGGAUCGAAUAUCCGGCUCACAGGCUUAUCCUGUGCGCUUCCAGCGAUGUGUUCCAGGUUAUGCUUAUGAACCCACAGUGGAGUGAAUCGCACGAGAGCAGAGUCGUGUUACAAGAAACUCCAGCUUGUGCUGAAAUAUUUGGUCAAUUCUUGAGGUAUUUUUACACCGGCCAGAUAAAAAUCAACCAUAAAAUAGUCACACCUCUUUUGGCCCUUUCUGACAAAUACAACGUAAAGGAUCUUACCAACCUUUGUAUAGAGUACAUGUGCAGCCACAUAGCCUUAGCUGCUUCAAACAAUCAACUUGUUACCUGGUUCCAAUAUACCUUAUCUAUCGGACACCAUAUCGUAGCUUAUGUUUGCCAAAAUUUUUUAAAAUGGAAUUUUGAGUUAGUUGCAAAGAGUAAAGAUUUUGCAAAUUGCACUCAUGAAAUUCUGUCCAAGUUGCUACAGUGGAAUGAUUUAGUCGUUACAAAUGAAAUAACAUUGUAUAAUUAUGCGGUGGUAUGGCUUGAACAUCAGAGGCAAACACUUAUCGAAGAGGGUCUUACGGGUGACAACUUAGAAUUUUAUAUGAAAAAUCUAGUUCAGGAAAUUAUGUCCCACAUUAGAUUUCCAAUGAUGACUCCAAGGCAACUUGCUGAGCUUCUCCUUAGCCCGCUUACAACAAAAUAUAAAGAGUUUUUCAUUGAAAGAAUGGCAAUAGGGAUGGCUUUUCAUUCUGAUCAGCGUGAAAGAGUUCUUGAGGUUGCAAGAAGCGAAGCUGGAAAAUUGCAGUUUACCCCUAGAUUGUACACCGCAGACACUUUCAGCUCUACGCUCUGUGUAGAUAAUUUUUCAUCGAUGCCAUUCUACCAAACGAGAACGCUUGUCUUCUCUUCCCAUUCAGGCUUAGCUGAACAUAUGGGUGACAAACCAUGUGACUGGGUAAUUGAUUUAUACCCAAAAGGAGUUUGGUUUCCAAAGUGUUUUCUCAUCGUGUGGCAGGGGACUGUCGAGUUACCCGAGAGCAUACUUUGUUCAGUCAGACUCUCAAUUACUUGUAGAGAUGUCACAGAAGAUUAUCUCAGGGUAAAAAUUGGAGUGCUUAUUGUGGGUCUACAGGACGGUACUGAGCACGUUGUCAAUGUAGUUGAGAAAAACCAUUAUUUCAGCAAGGAUGAUAGAGUCUUGAACAUAGAUAAUAUCAUACCUUUUGAUGACUUAAACUUAAGGCUUAUUAAAAGCGAUGGACAUAAGCGACCACCUUACACUUACCUAGUCGGGCUUAACAAAGAUUGCCUCAAAGUUCAUAUUGUCAUCGCUCCGUUGUCAGAUGUCUCGAGUAUAGAACCACAAAAAGAUUACUUCUUCCAUAACCGAGGGAGGUAGCAAAGACUUAAUUUAUAAUUGUAUUAUUUGUAAUUUACAUAAUAUUGACUAUGAAAGAAAUCUUCAUUCAAUGAGACGUCAAAAUACUAAGUUGAUAUUUUCAGAAUUGUCUUCCUUAAAAUAAUUUUGGAAAUAAUAUGAGUCAAUUGUAUUCCAAAUAAAAAAGGAAGUCUUAGGGAAUGUUAAUUAAUUUUAAACGCGUAAGAUUUUUAUUUUCUUCAAGCAUUCUUAAAUACAUCGUAGAUGUAUAAAAUGUCGAUAAUUGUUCUCAAUUAUACAGGUAAUGUACUGCAAUUUAUCAAAACCAAAUUUUUGAGCAGUAUAAAGUGGGAUCAAGCUCCGCACAAAAUUAACAUUACAACACUGUCAAAAUAAAAAUAAAUAAAAAAGUAGACAAUGGACAGCAUUCAUCAUGAUUGAUGUAGUCAAAUGUACAUAAAAUGUGUUUUGCAUAAUUUUAAACGUUGAAUGAACCAUUGUUACAUGAUAUGUAUGUGUGAAAAAGGCUGUAAAUGUUAUUUAAAAAAAUUAUUGAGACUUAACUAUUAUAUGUUGUUUGUUUAUUUG